CAUCCACUUUCUUCAUAGUGGUCACUACUCUCUCUCUCUCUCUCUCUCUCAUAUCCUCUUCAAUUUCAUCCUUUCCCCCCUCUUUAUUAUCCAUCCAUCCAACUAAACAAACACUAGUUUUCAUGGUCGGAAGAGAUUUUGGGGGCGGAGAUCCUGCGGUGGUCGUCGGUUCGGAGCGGUGGUCGUCGGAGAUAAUGAACGGAAACAGCAUCCGCCUCAUGGAGGCGGAGUACGUGCGCCGGUACCACCGCCACGAGGCCGGAGAUAAUCAGCACCGGUGCAGCUCUGCUCUUGUCAAACACAUCAAAGCCCCUGUCCAUCUCGUGUGGUCGCUGGUGAGGAGUUUCGACCAGCCGCAGAAGUACAAGCCGUUUGUGAGCAGGUGUUGCGUUGUCGAGGGGGAUCACAACAUUGGCAGCGUCAGGGAGGUCAAUGUCAAGUCCGGGCUCCCGGCCACCACCAGCACGGAGAGGCUUGAGUUUGUCGACGAAAACGAGCACAUACUCAGAGUCAAGAUCCUCGGCGGUGAUCACAGGCUCAGGAACUAUUCUUCGAUCACGACCGUACACCCUGAGGUCGUCGAAGGGAGGCCAGGAACGCUGGUGAUCGAGUCGUUCGUAGUCGACGUUCCUGACGGAAACACGAAGGACGAGACUUGCUAUUUCGUGGAAGCAUUGCUCAAAUGCAACCUCAAAUCUCUAGCCGAUGUAUCCGAGCAUCUGGCGGGGCAACACCAAGUACAGCCCCUUCGCUAACUACGCCCACGAGUUCUGCCUGAGUUUCGUGAGGAAUUAUCUGGAGAAGUGAGCGCCGCGCAUCGCUGCAUAUGAAGUAUGGGUUUGCUUAUGAAUCUCUCGGAACUUUAAUUAUUCUCUCAUUAGCUAGCUAGCUAGCAUUGAAGCCCAUGUAAUUUGUGUAUGAACACCACCAUGGCUCUUGUAGUUUUGUCCCUCUUGGUGCUAUGCGUACAUGUUAUAUAUUAGACUCCCCUGAUCUUAGCUCUACAGUUACAGGGAACAGCUAAUUUUCUGGUGUGAGAGAUGUGUUUUUGACUUUGA